AUGGAGAAAUCGAGGAACUUCAGAAUUGACGCCCUGCUCGCUGAUGAGAGUAAGCGGGGGAGCCGAGACCUCUCCCCCGGUCUGAGCAGCGACAGCCCUGCAGGAAGCCCGGUCUCUUGUCGCCGCUCGGACACCCCGUCUCCGCGGGCCGUACAACUUCAGACCGGAAUAAUCCCCAAACCGGGUAUCCUAAAUUUCCCACAUCCAGGACUCGCUUCAAUUCCCGGCAUGUAUCCUGCACCCAUGUACCCAUUAUCAGCGUUGGGUGGUCAGCACCCUGCGUUCGCAUACUCCGGUUUCACACAACUAACACAGACCUACCCAGAGCACCUGAAGGCGGCUGCCAUGGCGGGAUCUCUGCCACUGGAGCACUGGAUCCGCGCUGGGAUCAUGAUGCCAAGACUGCCAGAUUACAGCUGUAAGUAUGGUUUGCUGCAGAUGAUUUCCCCUCAGUCUGGUCUUUUGGGGAAGUGCCGAAGGCCCCGCACCGCCUUCACCAGUCAGCAGCUGCUGGAGCUGGAGAACCAGUUUAAACUCAACAAGUACCUCUCCAGACCCAAACGCUUUGAAGUGGCCACCUCACUCAUGCUGACUGAAACACAGGUCAAGAUCUGGUUCCAGAAUCGAAGGAUGAAGUGGAAACGCAGUCGGAAGGCAAAGGAACAGGCCACCUCCUCGGCCCAAUCUGAGACACAGCGACUACGCAGUGGGGGGAAAACAGUCACUGACAAAUCUACUGAGAGCAGGCGAGCUGUGAAUCCAGACGACAGGGGGAUGGAUCUUGAUCUGGAGGAUGGCGAAGAGGAGGAAGGGGAGGACGAGGAGGAUGAAGAAGAGGACGAGGCCCAGCACGGUUUUCCUGCUGAUUUGGGUAAUGGCACUGAGAUGCCACAAUCCACGGACUUUUUGCAGUGCAGCACCAACGUUGGCUACAAUCCCCACAGCCCUUUCUCUGAUGAGGAGCUAGAGGGGGUGCAAGUAGGAGCAAGUGACAGAAAGAUUGGGGCAGGACUGUGA